UUGUACAAGCUUAAUUAGUUGUGAAAUUCUGAGGUCAGUAGCAUAACCCACAAACAUAUACUUAAUAACUAAUAUUAGAUUAAGUUGCUUGUCUUCUUUGUUGUGUGAAAUGGUGCCUAAUGAUAUACUUUGGAGAUAAGCAUGCAAAGGAAGCUGCAUGGAAUGGGAGUUUUGGUUGGGAAGGCAUAGGGUUCCAUCGUCUUCUGCGUAAUAAAUAAAUAAACUCGCGUGUAAUGCUAAUCCCCAACAUGCAUGUCUUCUGCCUCCAGUUUUUCACAUAGUCACUCAAAAGUUGCCAGCUUCGUCUGAUCUGGUUGGCGUCCCCAGUACCCACCUCUCCCACUUGUUUCAAUGGUUUAUUAUACUUCUUACACCUGCUACAGUGAAUUCCGGUGGAGCAUGAGUGGCCCACAAAGAUGUUCACAAGUAGAAAUCCCAAUUCUUCGUCGUCUUCCCCAGAUUUUAUUCAUUUAUUCUGGUUUCAUACGCUCCUUCCCUGUCUGCUUCUCAUAUAUCCUAGUUUUGACACCUGUCCAGUCAGGAAACAAAGACUUUGCCAGCUUUAUUCUACUGCUCUUGAGCAAGUUGCUUUGCCUGCCAGCUAUCCCUUUAUCCAACCGUUUAGAACUACUUCAAGCGCUCCGACUUACGUAUAUAAAGGAUCGUCAAGCGCAAGUUCUAACAUCAUACAACUUCAUUCCUCUCAACUGCUUUUCAGCUCUCUGUCUUCGUUAAGGAAAGGAAGAUGCCAUCCUCUUCUAGGCUUUCCUCGAUACUUUUGCUUUUUCUGUUUGUAUUUACUCUACUAACAGCCUCGGAAGGAAACUUCUAUGAAAACUUCGACGUUACAUGGGGCGGCAAUCAACGUGCUAAGAUACUCAAUGGAGGCCAACUUCUGACACUUUCUCUGGACAAGGCUUCUGGCUCCGGCUUCAGGUCCAAGCAUGAAUACCUCUUUGGAAGAAUUGACAUGCAAAUCAAGCUAAUACCUGGCAACUCAGCUGGCACUGUCACUACAUACUAUUUGUCUUCUGAAGGGCCAACCCAUGAUGAGAUCGACCUCGAAUUUUUGGGCAACUUAUCUGGAGAUCCUUACAUACUCCAUACCAAUGUGUAUAGCCAGGGAAAGGGUAACAGAGAACAACAA